AAGUUAUCAGUAUAUCGAGCUUUUAGAAAGUUUUUCAGAGUGUUUUUUCAAUUCUGGUUCUUUCUUUCAUCUGUAACUCAGAAAAGCGAGCUUCACCUCAAAGCAUGACAAACUCACGAUCUUCAUCAGAAUUGGAAUAACCUGAGAUUUCAGUGUUCUAAAACCAAUUUCACAUCUAGCCAAAACACUAUACUCUGAUUGGUCUUCUCGUCUCACAGUACUGUUUGCUGAUUGGUUACCUUAAGCAAAAAUAAAACAAAACAAAAGGGAAAACAAUUUUGGAAAUUUAUCACUCCGCGUUCGCUAACUUAGGUAACAUUUUUCUCUCGUUUUCUGAAAUUGAAAUCCUUCGGUAUGAAUUCCCGCGAAUCAAACUCUGCCCCGAAUCUGCAUCCAUUCGCCGAUAAUGCUGUUUUAGAACCUGCAGAAGAAAUUUCGACCGAAAUUUGUACCAGUGAUGCUUCCGCCUCUACAUCGACAAUGGAAUCCAGCCCAGCUCCUUACAGUUUCACUGUUACUACGGCUCGUAAAUUGACGAAAUUGUCGAAAGCCUCGAAAGAUCGCCUUUUGAAGAAAAUUGAGGAAACUUGGAAAUUGGUCGAACAUUACAUUAAGAAUCAUGUAACCGAAGAAUCUCAAUUCAGAGAAAUCGAGAGAAUGCUCGAUAACAUCAGAGUAAAAUUAUUGCGUAUGUCUAAAACAUCUCGAAACAGAUUGCCCAACAUUAAAAAAGAUCGUGUGGUGAAAGGUCGUAAUAACAGACAGAACCGAAUGUUUGCUCCGAAAAAGAUGCAGAGCUCUCGUAUCCGUAGUCGGCGUGUAGAGAGAUCCAAUUCUCGCUAAGUGAAAUCUUAUUGAUGUGCGCUACCUACUUCCAACUUGAGAACGCGCGGUGCACUAAAGAAUCGAACCAAUUCGUUGGCGAAAUUAUCGGCGGUUUAUUAUCCUUCGUUGCAUUGGCUAUUUUAUUGAAAUUCAUUGAACGCGGAGUAUAUUUAAAUUAAUUUUUAUCUACUAUAACAAUACAACUAUGCGUAAUAUAUUGUUUCUUAAGUGUAUUUUAUAUUUUAUUUUGUGAAUAACGAGAGAAAAGUGGUGGAAAAGAGUACAUAAAUGUUGGGCUAAUUAUAAUUUUGGAUAUACGCAUGAACACGGAACCAUUGAAUUUUUUUAGUUCUUCAAUCUCGAAUGUUCAGUGUAAAAUAAAAUUUCUUCAUAAUAACA